AUGGCCGACGAUCAAACCAAGAUAGAUGAUCUUUUCCUUGCGUGUGAUCUUAACCUUUCUGGUUAUAUUGAGCGAGAGGAUUUGAGAGAACUCUGCUCAGAUCUUGAAAUAACGGAAGAUGAAAUUGAGGACGUAUUCCAGCAACUUGACAAAGAUAAAGAUGGCGUAAUAAGUCAGAAUGACUUUGCUCAUGGAUUUGAAAGUGUGGCGGUAUUAUUUACGAAAAAGAGAAAGAAAAGUAGCACUUUUAAUUCUGGAUAUUUACGACAGGGGUCUCUAGAAAAGAAAGAUGCUUGGACAGCGUUUGUUGAUGCACACGCACUGGCGAUGAACGCCCUUUCUUCUGAAAGUCAGGAGCAAGUUUGUGAGCUUUAUCAAACAUUAACCACCUCGGAAAACAGCCUGAUCGUCAACAAGUUUGAGGACAUCAUCCUUGGCGUGAUACGUGACGUAAGACAGCAACAACUAGAGAAUGAGAGACUUGAACAGUCAUUUAGAAGAGAGAAGGAGCAGCAUGAACGUCAUCUCAGGGAACUCGAGGAAGACAUGGAGAGCCAAAUGCACAAAGUGGAGACAGUUGUGCGGCAAAAGGAACAAGAACGAGCAGAAUUAGAACGAGAUGAGAUGAAACGGGAACUGGAGGCAGAGAUAGAGAAACUCUCCGAGAACCUCAACAAACUUCAUACGCUGGAAGUGAAAGCGAAGAAACAUCUGCCAAGCGAAGAGGAGGCAGAGCUUAAAUCAAAACUGAAUAAAUUGUCGUCAGAGAACAGGCAUCUGAAAGGCUGUCUCACAGACGCACAGACCAACGCUACUUUGACAAGAAUGGAUCUCAACACAAUCAAAAGUGAAUAUGAAACGAAAAGUAGAGACUUAGAAAAUCAAAAACAAACUCUAGAAGAUUACAUCAACGAACAUGAUAAUCUGUCCAGACAACUCCACAUGCUGCAUGAAGCAAACAAGAGAAUGAAUGAUACAAACGACGAUCUCAGAUCUGCUCUGGAUUGCUCAACGGGACAUAGACGCACUGGAUCCGCGUCUCCCCUGCAACUGAGUCGGUCAUGUUCCAUUCUUAGUUCUGGGACAACAUCCCCACCGCUCGAUCAAAGUAUCAGGCGAUAUAAUGGGAGUUAUGCUUCAUCGUUGGCGGAGGAGAUAAGUCACACAGAGAGCAUGAUAGUAGCUGAUGGGGGAACUCCCCGAGGAAUAGCCCAGCAACACCAACCAGCACUGGGCGAAUAUUCUGAGGAAUUUGGUGAGCAUGAUAGUGGCCACUCCACCCUAAGAGAUGUGAAUGAGCUUCAUUCAGAUGAAGAUAAUAGUUUGGAGGAGGAACUACGGAAAGCGGCCCGUAAAUAUAUACAAGGAGGAAUUGAUCCGAGAUUCCUUGAUCAAGAUCAUAGCGAGAACCUAGAGUAUCAUAUGGACAGUGAUUUAGAUGGCAGUGAGAGGCGGAGUAGGCCAAGUUCUGCAACAUCCGCUAGAAGUAACCUUUCUACACGUAGUAGGAGGAACAAGAGGCGACAGCUUCCCGUCAUACCUACUAAACCAAAGGUUGAACCAGAGGUUCCUAUCGUUGGUGACCCAGAAAGGAUGUAUAAGGUUGUGCUAGCAGGUGAUGCGGCUGUCGGCAAGUCAAGUUUCAUCAUGCGCCUGUGCAAAGGAAAGUUUGUCCCAAACCUCAAUUCAACAUUGGGUGUUGACUUCCAGACCAAAACAUUGAAUGUGGAUGGUAAAUUGAUUGCUCUUCAACUCUGGGAUACUGCAGGACAGGAAAGGUUUCGGAGUAUUGCAAAGUCUUACUUCAGAAGAGCAGAUGGCGUUCUCCUGCUGUACGAUUGCACUUACGAACGGUCAUUCAUCAACGUCAGAGACUGGAUGGAAAGCAUUCAGGAAAGCUCUGAUAAAGUGCUGCCUAUGAUGAUGUGUGCCAAUAAGACAGAUCUGCGUGAAGAUGUUGGGGAGGAUGGAAAGAAAUGUAUCUCUUUCGAAGAUGGCCAAAAAUUGGCAAGGGAGUGUGGUUCACUGUUCAUAGAGACAAGUGCAAAGGAAGGUGACCACAUCACAGAGGCAGUUACUGAGUUGGCAAGAUUACUAAUGACAAAUGAAGACUUGGAAGUGAAAUCCGUUGGUCUACAACUGCACGAUAUCUCUGAAAAGAAGAAGAAUCCGUGUUGUGGAGCACUGGGUUAAAUGCAUUAAAGAUAUCUUCUUUAAAAUUGUUAAUACAUUCCAGUCUUCCUUCGUACCAUACGUGUUAAUGCUUCCAUUACGACUGUAUUUAUAACUAGAUAACUAGAUAUAAGUUCUAUAUCCGAUAACCUUAAACAAAAUAUACAUGUUUUUUUUACAUACAUGACCAAGUAAGAGACAAUUUUACUAAAUUGUGCCACCUACAUGUAUUGGAAACGAAGUCAUCAGUACAGUUCUAUACUGUAAAAUUGGAUAAACUGAUGAAAAAAGACAUCAUAUACUAGUCAAUAUAUCCUAGUUCUAAGCAAAAGAGGGCAUUGAUUUAAUGGAAACGUCAAUUUGGGCUCAGAAUAUAGAAUAAUGGAUGCCAUCAAGUUUUACUUAAAGCUAGAAAAUAUUCUGAUCUCUAAGUCCAAUGUUAAAGUGUAUAUGCAUGCGUGUACACUAGUGGUAAUGAUAAAAUAUUUAUUAUUCAGGGUGAUCCAAAAAAGGUUACCCAAACAAAUGUAUGUUAAUAA